ACUGGUACACCCUACGUGUGAGCGAGUGUUUUUCGUUGUGCGAAGAGCUGCCUCAACAAAAGGCAAAAAAGCCGGCUUCCUGCUUCGUAUAUGUUUUCAACAAUAUUUUUCAUCCCCAGUGACAUAUUGUGAUAAAAUUGAAGAAUUUUUUUUCAAGGGUGAUGACAAACAGUGAGUGAGAAAGAGACAACCCGGUAGUAUUUCGAUCGAAAAUACCCCGCAGCCACCCCCUCUGUCCCACGCGCUGCGGUGGUGACCCUGACACUCACAGUUUAUUCAUCGAAUUCAAUUUCAAGUUAACAUUUAUUCGAUUAAAAAGUUAAUUCGCGUUAUUAAUUUUGUUUGUGACCUUGAUUUUUUUCGCGUGUGUGUUCGCCUAGUGACCUUGACCUCCCGUUUCUCCCUAAGACUCGAUGAUAUGUGGAUUUUUCUUUUCCGAGGGUAGUUUUCGUGUAGGGUUUUUCCGAGACACGUGGUUCCAUAAAAACAUUUGGGGUAAAAGUUUUCAAGGGUGUGUUAGAAUGAAAUAGUGCUCAAGACUACAAUAGACGAUUGUUUGUGAAUAAUUUGGGAUUGUUUUUGUUUUUUAUUGCUUUUUUUUUCAUCAAAGACAACGGAUUCAUUUAAGGAAAAUUUUGAGACUGGAGUUUUUUGGAAUACUAUGGCCCCAAGACGACAGGUCAAUGGGCAUGGUGGUGUUUUAAUUGAUCCAACAACAAAUAACAGUCUUCAUAACGACACCAUGGAUAACUUGAUUGUCAACGGUCAACAUUCAAACACAACUCAUUGCUGUAUUCCAAGUGGUGAGUGUCUUCGGGGAGAUGCAUUGAUACGUAUGAAUUCACUUCAGGAUGUGAUUAAAGUGACGUGCAACAAUGAUAAUUGUCCAGUGGGACAAUUUAUGCAUAGAGAAUGUUUUGACGCAUGGGAGCAGACAGUGUUGACAUAUUUGAAAAGUUGUGGACGUGCCAGAAGUUGGUCAGAACGUCAACGUCAUCAGAAUCUCUGGACCAAGAAGGGUUAUGAUUUGGCAUUUAAAGCUUGUGGAUGUCGCUGUGGACGUGGACAUUUGAAAAAAGAUUUAGAUUGGUUGGCACCAGGUGUUAAUCAUGUGAAUGGAAAUCGUCACGAGGAAAAUGAAGCUAAAAAGAAAAAACGUAGGAAUAGACAAAAUACAAGACCAAGUCUUGCUGUUUCCGCUGGACCACCGGGACAUGCUAAUCAUGUGAAUGGAGGAGUUCGAGGAUCUGAUGUGCAGAUUAUUGAGAAUGGACGAGGAAGGGCUGGUUCUCUUUCAUCCAGCAAUGGGUCCAGCUCUCCGCCUGCAUCCAGCGAGCCCAGCGUCAGCCCUCUUCAUCAACCCCAGGCACUUGUCAAGAAGAAGAGUAAGGUGGAAUUCUUCAGCGAUAGAGUUCGACAAAGCUGCGGAGCAAAUGGCAUCUUUUCUCGUCGUCUGGACUUCAGUGCAUUCAACAGCUUGCCGAGGACCAAAUUGAACUCCUAUCACAUUAAGAUGGAAGAUGAGGGUAAUCAUGGGAAUGAUGAUACGAGAUGCUUUAUCCUCUCGACAUUGGCAGCUUUACAGUGGUCCAGGGUGUCGUGUGUCCUUUGCCGAGCAGCGAUGCUAGUCUUUGAUAGGUAUCCUCUCGUGGAUGGUACCUUCUUUCUGUCUCCAAGGCAACACUCUCACGCCUGCGCUGAGGUGAAGGUCGAGGGUCGUACCCAAUUUUUAUCGGCCGUUUGCAUGAAUUGCUUGGAGGGUAGCGGAAACGCUCCAGUUCGUUGUCGUUCUUGCACCCAACCUUGGGAUGGCUCCAGUCUGGUCCUGGGGACAAUGUAUAGUUAUGAUAUUUUCGCCGCCAUGCCAUGUUGCACCGAUCGUUUAAAGUGUAACAGCUGCCAGAAGCCCUUGAUCUACCCUCAUCAGCGACUGAAUUUCUACUCAGAUUAUAGCCGCGUUUUCGCCUGUCCACACUGCAGAACAAUGGACGCUCACUUUGUGAAGCCCCUCUCGUCCUGUUUUACUCGCGAACAAUUUCAGCUGUACAGUCAGUGGCCGUAACCACUAGGGAAUCUAGUAAACCGCCUAAACACUGCGGGAGACCACCUUUCCUUGAAUCCACUGCUAACAUUACUCCGGGCAACGUUACUUUAGAUACUUUUUUUCAAUUAACAGUAAAAUACACUCAUACACAGACACAUAAUACAAAAAAAAAAAAAAACAA